AACAUAAAUAGUAUCAUCCCAUCAAAAAUGUAUUGCUGUAGAAUGACCUAACAUUUGUAUCAGUCUUAAUCCCAGUUGUGUUUUUGAUUUUGUUUUGCUAUGUUUUUGCACAGAUGAGAAGGACAACUCGACUUGGCGCACCUAGAUCCUGGCCCUGCCGCCCCAUUUUCCUACCCUUUCAUCUUAAAGCCCUAUCCGGCUGAUUAUUCUGUUUCACUGGUUUAUGGUCCUCUCCCCCUAACUGAUGUGGCCUCCUUUGGAUAACUUCAGGAUCAGCAGUAUUGCAGUCUGACGUCUGUAAUGAAGAUAAUAUUUACAGUCCUAUACUAUGUCAACUCUACACUGGCAUUCAUGAAUGGCUACUUUUUUAGUGAAAGAAAUGCAUCUGACAAUCUUGCUCUUGAGACACAUGAAGGAUCUCACUCAGAGAGUCACAGUUUUCCUUUGAAGGCAGUUAAUGAAUGAGAAGUGGAAUGUGCUGACAUUAAGGAAUAAGGCUCCACCUACAGACAUGACUUCUGAAAAAAUAUAGAAUUAAGAUUACUAGUGAUGAGUGUUGUGGAUUAGGGGAUACGUUCUUCUAGGAAUCCAAAAUAAUGGAUGAUUAUGAUAUGACCACAACCGAAUCUGAAGAUGAUUAUGGGCCUGGAAACAAGGUGAUUGCAGGGGAUAGGAUUUGCUCUGGUACUAUGGGAGAAAGGCAAAAGAAGGAGAACGAGACACUGAAAGAAAGCGAUCAGUGUGAAAAUGAGUCUAUCUCUGUUGCCACAAUAAUCUCUCCUGGCUGCUGCAGAAACGGACAAAUUACGUUAUUUCCUCAGACUCUGGGUCCAUCUAAGGAGGGGUCUGUGAUAGAGGAGAAGGAGGUGGAGGAUGGUAAACAGGAUGAGGCCACAGCAGAAGGAAAGAAGCUUACUUGUAGCAAUUUGCAGCUACUCUGUGUGCCUUAUGGGGGUGCAAGGCCCAAAGAGCCACUCAGCCUGCAAAUAUCUCAGCCCAUAUUUGAACAGGUUCAAAAUGAGAUUUCUACUGACAAAACGGAGAGUCUUGAUGAUCAAAAUCUAGCCAAUUGUGGGGCUGAGCUACCUUUACCGUAUAGAAUAAAAGGCCUGGGUGACUUUGGUGUUGUCAGACUGAAUGAUGAAAACCGCAAUCCCUCUCCAAGGCUUUUUGUGCCAUUUGAGAGUCCAGAUUAUAAUUUCAAAGCUGGACAGCAGGAGGCUGUCUCCAGGAAGUCCCUUGGAGAUGUGGCACCAGUAUGGGUGCCUGAUUCAAAGGCUCCAAUCUGUAUGAAGUGUGAGAUCAAGUUCACGUUCACCAAAAGGAGGCACCACUGCCGAGCCUGUGGCAAGGUAUUCUGUGCAGCUUGCUGCAGUCUGAAAAGUAAACUGAUGUACAUGGACAGGAGAGAAGCAAGAGUUUGCAUUACCUGUUACUCUACUCUGAUGAAUUCACAAUCUUGGGAGAAUACCAUAAACUAUCCCAGCCCCAGCAAUGCUACGGAGUCCUGCUCAGACACCCCUCGUCUCCAGCAGACAGCAACUGAGCAGACAUCUGGCACUCAGACUUUGGCAACUCAACAUUUCUCAAGUAGAACCCAUGAAGUAGUUCAAGGGCACAGGCAUGUUGGUUCAUUGGGAAGAUCCAUUAGUCUGAUUCCUGCCGAUGGACUCCCACCCAUUCUAAUCUCUACUGGCAUCAAACAAGACUAUAAUGUGGUGGAGAAACCUUCUGAAAUGGUACUCAUGCAGCAGCUGGAGGAGAGUGGGCUUGACCCCCUGGUUUUCAUCCUAAAUGCUAACUUGCUGACUAUGGUCAAACUGGUCAACUAUUUGAACAGGAAAUGUUGGUGUGCCAUAACAAAGGGCAUGCAUGCUGUGGGCCAGCCAGAAGUGGUAAUAUUGCUUCAGUGCCUACCAGAUGAGAAGACCAUUCCGAAGGACAUCUUUAGCCACUUUGUGCAGCUCUAUCGGGAGGCACUUUCAGGUAAUGUGUUGAGACACCUGGGCCACUCGUUCGUCACACAGAGCUUCCUAGGGAGUAAGGAGCAUGGAGGUUUUCUCUACAUAAACCCAACUUUCCAGACCUUACAGGACCUGCUCUUACCCAGUUCACCAUACCUCUUUGGAAUAUUGAUCCAGAAAUGGGAGACACCUUGGGCCAAAAUCUUCCCUAUCCGUCUAAUGCUUCGGUUAGGUGCAGAAUACAAAGUUUAUCCUUGUCCAUUGUUCAGUGUGAGGUUCAGAAAACCAGUUUUUGGUGAGACCGGUCACACCAUCAUGAACUUGCUAGCGGAUUUCCGUAACUAUCAGUACACACUGCCCAUGGUUACAGGCUUGGUUGUUGAUGUGGAGGCAAGGAAGACCUAUAUUAAGAUUCCAAAGAAUCGCUACAAUGACCUGAUGAAAGCCUUGAAUAAAUCUAAUGAACAUGUACUGGCCGUGGGUGCUUGCUUCAAUGAGCAGGCAGACUCUCACCUUGUCUGCAUUCAGAACGAUGAUGGCAACUACCAGACUCAGGCCAUCAGCAUUAAUCAUCAGACACACAAAGUGACUGGUGCAUGCUUCUUUGUCUUCAGUGGCGCCCUGAAGGCUUCUUCUGGAUACUCAGCCAAGACCAGCAUAGUUGAAGACGGAGUUAUGGUGCAGAUCACCACAGAGACUAUGGAAGAGCUACGACAGGCCUUGAAAGACAUGAAGGACUACAGUAUACCCUGCGGCAAGAUUGAACUGGAUGAAAACCAGAAGCAUGUUCAUAUUCAUUGGACAGAAGAUGAUCAAAACUUCAACAGCGGCAUCAUCAGUCCCAUUGAUGGAAAGUCCAUGGAAUCCAUCAAUUGCAUGAAUAUUUUCCAUGGUGCUGAGUACAAAGCCAACGGGAAAGUCAUUCGCUGGACAGAGGUGUUCUUCUUGCAGAAUCAAGACCAGUCCUAUAUCCUCAGUGACCCGGCUGAACAUAGUCGUCUUACAGAGAGUGUUGCACGAGCCUUCUGCAUGGGUCUAUGCCCACAUCUGAAAAUGCUGAAGGAAGGUGGCAUGGACAAAUUGGGCUUACGUGUCACAGUAGACUCAGAUCAGGUGGGGUACUUGGUUGGAAGUAAUGGACAACCAUUAUUGUCGCAAUACCAAGCGAUACUGAACGAUCUGGACUCUGUUCUGAUACCGGUGAUCCAUAGUAGUGUCUGCCAGCUGAACGAAGGCCCAGUAGUGAUGGAACUUAUCUUCUACAUCCUCGAUAUUAUCUUUUAAUCAGCAACAAUGACAAAAAACUAACAGACAUCUUGGGACCAUUUCUAUAUUUGUUGAAUCAACGUCCACAGCUUCAAACGUGGGUCUCUUACAUGUGCUGAAAAUGGAUCAACAGUCAAUUUUCUUUCUGAUUAGAGGAAGAAAACACUUCAUUGUCUUGGAGAGACAUUUGGAGAGAUUAUGCUUUCUCUCUAUAUGAGUAUGGAUUGAAGAGAAAAAAAGAUGCAAAGACAAUUGUUUGCUCUUUCCUUUCCAUUUGAUUCAACAGUGCCCAAGCUUGUUUUUCCUUCUUCUUUUUUAUUCCUUUCAUCAUUACUUAAUAACAUGCCCCCUGCUAAGCUUUAUAAAAAAUGGGGCUUAUUUUAACAUGUGGGUUUUGUAGUUCAAUAAAUUAUAUUCACUGUCUAAAUUGUGUAUUGGAGAACUGCACAUCCUUCACAGACAAUGUAUUUGUGAUAGUGUGUGUUUGUGAUAUGUAAAGAAGUUCCUUUACUUUCUCUUAGUGCUGACCAAAAAUGUAUAUCACAGUAUUUUUCAAAAUGGUUUUCAAAAAACGAUUUCACUGUAUACAACUGUUUUUUUUGUUUGUUUUUUUCAUGCAUAAUCACCGCAAUUUCUACUGCUGGUUGAGCAAAGAAUUACUGCAGUAGAUUGAUUUAGGAUGGUCUAUUUCACUGUCAUGAUGAGUGAAUAUUGUAGCAUAAUCCGGUAACACUUUCUAAUAACUACACAAAAUUAUUCAUUUAUUAAGCAUUUGUUGCCUAUUAGUUAAUGGUUUGUUCAUCAUUAGUAAUUUAUUGUUCAUACAUAAUUUAUCAUCAGUAAAGCAUUUGUUCACAAUGUUAUAUAUGGUUUGUUCAUAGUAAGUAAAACAUGUUUGCAAAUACAUGAUUUAUACCUCAUAAAUACUGAAACAACCAGUUACAAACUAUUUGUAAAUGCUUUGAUCAUCAUUUGUAAAGUAUUUCUUCUAUGUUAAUUCAUGAUUAACUCAGGAGUUACAAGUGGUUAGUUAAUGAUAUUUGUGAACCCAUCUAAAGUGAGGACUUUUUAUGCCAUGCUAUACAUUUGCAAGUAAUUUGUAAAGACUACAUUGACAUUCAUUCAUUUAGCUGACAAUUUUAUCCAGAGCGACAUACACAUGUCAAUUAAUCGAACCCCCAACUUCGCAGAUUUCUGCAUGCUAGCCCUACUCCUUAACCACUACACUAACUCCACUGUUAUGUUAAAGUAGAUGGGAUCUUCUUUUAGUUAUUUUAAGAGAACUACUUUUCUGUUAUGUGUAUGAUAUGACUACAUUUGAUAUAGCACUAAGCAGCACAUUGAUACAAUAGUUAGAGAGUAGUAGUAGUAGUAUGUACUGUAUAUAAGUAAUUGACUGCAAAGUAUACUGAAGUGAAGUUAACCUAGUAAAGACAUUGUCACUUUACUCUGGUGUUUAUUAAUUGUUGUGAAGUGAAGCACACAGUAUCUGCCCAGUUAAAAACAAAUAUAUACAAUUAUGUAAGAUUGUUUUCUUCUACACACUGUUAAGCAUUUGUAAACUGCUAUUAAAUGCUGUAUUCUUCA